AUGGGGUUUGGAUCGGAUGUUUAUUUUUGUAAUACGAUGCUUGAUAUUUAUGUGAAAUGUGGGGAGACUGGGAUAGGGGUCCAGUUGUUUGAUGAAAUGUCUGUGAGAGAUUUGGUUUCAUGGACUACGAUGAUCUCUGGGUUUGUUAGGGAAGGAAGUGUUUUUGGUGCUUUUCGGUUGUUUAAUGGGUUGCGGAUGGAGUUUAAACCGAAUCAUGUGAGUUUAAUGGUGAUGUUUCAGGGGUGUUGUCAUUGUGUAAAUGGAGGAAGACAACUUCAUGGAUAUGUGGUGAAAUGUGGGUUGUUGGGGAAUCAAAGUGUUUAUAAUUCAGUUUUGAAAAUGUAUACGGAUUGUUGUUGUGUUGAUGAUGCAGAAGUUUUCUUUAGUGAAAAUGAUAAAAUGGAUGUUGUGUCGUGGAAUAUAAUGAUUUCUUUAUAUUCUUUGAGACGAGACAUUAAGAAAUUGGUUGAUUGUGUUCGUGUAAUGCAAGAUAGGGCGGUGCUCAGUAUUGAGAGUUUAACUCUACUUGUUUCGUCGUUUUCAGACGAUGGUCCAAUCUGUUAUGGUAAACAGGUGCACUGCCUCGCCAUUAAAAGUGGACAGUAUGACAGUAUGUUGAAAACUUCUUUGCUGGAUUUCUAUGCCAAGUGCGAGGACUUGGAUUCUUCUAAAAAGUUAUAUAGUGAAUUUUCUUUUACAAACCAUAUAACGCUGAAUGCUAUGAUGAGUGCAUUUAUUCAUAAUGGGUAUUCUAGAGAGGCUAUUGAGUUGUUUAGAAAAAUGUUAUCUUCUGGUUUGAAGCCUACUGCUGAACCCUUGACCAAUGUCAUUCUAGCUUACAGUGACAUGGGAUCCUUGCAUCUGGGUAAAAGUGUUCAUGCCUACUGUUUUAAGAACUUGUUCGAGGACAAGACUGCACCGCUGGAAACAUCUAUUAUGAACAUGUAUUUAAAAUGUGGAAGCAUUUUAUCUGCUAGAAUCUGCUUUGACAGAAUGCCUUGCAGGGAUCUUGUGGCAUGGACAUCAAUGAUUGUGGGCUUUGGUACACAUGGAAUGGGUAAUGAAGCAAUGCAAAUUUUUCAUUCCAUGAUAGAGGAGGGAGUAGAACCAAACAGUGUCACCUUUUUAGGCAUACUUUCUGCUUGUAGCCACUCUGGCCUGCUGAGAGAUGGCUGCAAAGUCUUUCACUCCAUGAAAUCAAAAUUUGGCAUUGAACCUGAUCUAAGUCACUACACUUGCAUUGUUGAUCUCUUGGGUCGAUUUGGAAUGCUCAAAGAGGCAUUGGGUAUUAUUCUUAAGUUUGUCAGUUUGGCAGAUUGUAGAAUAUGGGGAUCACUCCUUUCAGCUUCUCGAGUUUAUGAAAAUCAAUUGCUUGCAAAAUUUGCUGCUGGAAUGCUCUUUAAGUUGGAACCAGAAAAUGCUGGAUACCAUACUCUGUUAAGCAACUUACAAGCUAGUUUGGAAGGGUGGUCUGAUGUGGAAGAAAUUAGAAAUUAUGUCCAAGAUAGUAAUCUUGUAAAGCAACCUGGGUGGACCUGCAUAGAAAGCUAG